CAUGCAGUGCAGAGUCCGUGUGGAGUAAGGAGAAGCCAAUGGGAUGAGGUUUUGGUAAUAGAUGCAAAUGAUCAUGAAAAGACACUGCAAAAUAUGAAACAACUCAUUUGCGCCGAAGUAAAUCACUGAAAACUGUUUAUGAACUGGCAUCUCUUCUUGGAAAUGUAAAGCGAGAACUCUAUAAGUGGCGAUUUUUUUAGGGGGGGGGGAAGCAAGAAUUCAAUAUCAUGCAGGCUUAGAGUUUUGAUUAUAUCCUCCUUUUAUAUUCCUGGAAAUCACAAACUGUUGUUGCUUAGCAUCUUAGCUCUUUCUGCGCUAAUAGAUUCCCGUGGUUUAAAAAAAAAUUAAAAUGAGCUCUUAUUUUGUCAACUCACUGUUCUCCAAAUACAAAACCGGGGACUCUCUGCGCCCCAACUACUAUGACUGUGGCUUUGCUCAGGAUCUUGGAGGUAGACCCACAGUUGUGUAUGGACCCAGCACUGGUGGUACCUUCCAGCAUCCGACCCAAAUUCAGGAGUUUUACCACGGAGCAUCCUCUCUCUCCAGCUCCCCUUACCAACAGAAUCCCUGCGCUGUAGCCUGCCAUGGGGACCCAAGCAACUUCUAUGGAUACGACCCAUUGCAAAGACAAAGCCUGUUCGGUGCCCAGGAAUCGGACCUGGUGCAGUACGCGGAUUGCAAGCUAGCUUCCAGCGGCCUGGGGGAAGAGGCGGAGAAUUCAGAGCAGAGUCCUUCUCCUACACAGCUUUUCCCUUGGAUGCGACCGCAAGCAGCCGCUGGACGCAGAAGAGGGCGGCAAACCUACAGCCGUUACCAAACCCUGGAGCUGGAGAAGGAAUUUCUCUUUAAUCCCUACCUGACCCGCAAGCGGAGGAUCGAGGUGUCGCACGCCCUGGGACUGACAGAAAGGCAGGUCAAAAUCUGGUUCCAGAACAGGAGGAUGAAAUGGAAAAAGGAAAACAACAAAGACAAGUUUCCCAGCAGCAAAUGCGAGCAGGAAGAACUGGAAAAACAGAAAAUGGAAAGAGCCCAGGAGGUGGACGAGGAAGGGGACGGACAGAAGGGGGACAAGAAAUAAGAUUUUUAAGAACUGAGAGGCAAGCA